AUGGCCGACAUUGCUAAAAAGACCAUCCCCGCGCCCGGCGCCCGUCCCGACGUCAAGGCCGAUGCGCAGCGCAUUUUCGACGUCUUACACGGCGGGGGCCUCGCGGUGAUGCCGACGGAGGUCGGCUACGGACUCAUUUCGGCGUCCAAGGAGGCCAUUGAGCGGUCCUUUGCCGCCAAGAAGCGCGCGCCGAACCACACCCAGGGCAUCCUGGGCACGAUUGGCCUGCACCGCAAACUGCACGUCUUGCCCGACGAGACGCACGAGAUGAUCCGCGUCUUGCACCAGGACCUGGACCUGUCGUUUGGCGUCGUCGCGCCGUUCCGCAGAGACCACCCCGUGCUGUCCCAUUUGUCAGAGGCCACGCUGGCCAACGUCACCAAGCCCGACGGCACGGUGGCCAUGUAUCUGGGUGGGAGUGCGCUGCUGCUGGAGCUGGGACGCAUCAGCGACGCGGCCGGCGUACUCUUGCUGGGAUCGAGCGCCAACAUCACGGGCACGGGCCAAAAGUUCCGGCUCGAAGACAUGGACCCGGAAAUCCUGGAGGCAGCGGACAUUGUCGUCGACUAUGGCCUGCAGCGGUACCACGUGUACAAGGGCCGGGCCUCGUCUAUAAUUGACUUUGCCAACAUGAAGACGGUGCGCGUUGGAUCGUCGUACGAGCUGAUACGAGAGCGAAUGCACAAAUUCUGGGGCAUUGAGCUGUCGCCGGACCCAGAUUACCCAUAG